UUAACAUAAGUACCUGUCAGGUAGUUGAGCACCUGUGGAAUCGCGAGUCGAACGGAAAAAAAAGUCGCAGUGCUAUAAACCGUGGUGAUGAAAAUGUGUUAUUGCAACUAAGGAAACUAAGUAAACAUGUCAAUGAUUUGAGCAUCGAUCAGGUUUAUUGUAUGCAGUAAGUGGAAUUUUUGGAAAUAAUGGCGUAUCAUCCGAACGGUUAUUCCGGCGACGAGAGGGAUUUGGACAGAGGAGAUGACAGGAACCCGGACGACGGAGAUAAGCCGACCUAUCUCAUGGAGCAUUUGGCAACAUUCACGGUCAACAAAGAAACCCAAUAUCCAACUGACGGCAUGCGGAAGCUCCUCCAGCUGGAAAAAUCUAAUGGAAUUUGGUCGCAGAAGAUGCAGCUGUGCUUGGAUCGCUCCUGGGUACUCAUUAUGGAUUACGAAACCGGGUCGGUCAUGGAGAGGUUCCCAGGCAAGUCGAUACAGGAGCCUACGGCGUUCGCCACCCAGGAUCCCAUAGAAAUGUACAACAACAUCUUGGUUUUCAUCGUAUCCAACUCCAAUCCAAGCUACCCACCAGAAAUGCAUAUAUUCCAAUGUCAAAGCAUAUCCGCGCAGGAUUUGGUUGAGGAUUUGAAAGACAUGCAGCGAGGAAAGUAUAUAACGCGGCACAGGAAGAGCAGUAAUCCGCCGCCGUCCUAUAAACCUGCGCCUCAGCAUGUUAUUAGCUUGUCUCGCGAAUAUCGCGAAUCUGAAUUGACUUCCGAAUUGACAACUAAUAAUGAUGACAACAGCUCGACAACGAGCGAGCAGUACGAGAGGGAUGUCACUGUACUGAAUCACUGUUUCGAUGACAUAGAGAAGUUCAUUGCUAGAUUGCAGCAUGCAGCCGCUGCCUCAAGAGAGCUGGAGCGUCGGCGAAGGACUCGCAAGGGGAAGAAGAGCGAUAAUGGUGAUGGCAUGCUCACUAUGCGUACGAAACCGCCAGCCGAAAAGGAGUUCUUCGAUAUCUUCCAGAAGUUCAAGCUUUCUUUCAAUUUGCUGGCUAAAUUGAAAGCUCACAUCCACGACCCAAAUGCACCAGAGCUGGUUCACUUCCUCUUUACCCCGUUGGCUCUCAUCGUGGAAGCCUCUCAUGAUACGUACUUUGAUCGCCAUCUACCGCAAAAGAUUGUUUCGCCUCUCUUGACCAGGGAAGCUAUUAAUCUGCUUAACAACUGCGUCACCAGCAAAGAAACCGAACUUUGGCACUCACUUGGCAAUGCAUGGUUCACGCCAAGAGAUGAGUGGAAAGGACACGUAAGCGCUUAUCAUCCCGUAUUCCUGGAUAAGUGGUCGCCUGACUAUCCCGUCGUUGAUGAACUCGAGCCCGAUAAACAUCGCGACUCCCACGACUACGAUUUCAACGAUUACGAGCCCUCCCAGGAAAAUACAUUCAUGUAUGAUAAUAGGAGCAACGAUCCGCAAAAGGACCUCGACCACGAUCCCAACAUGAGCGCCUCCCGAAGUGAUAUAAGCGCCGAUUCCAUUGAAAGAAACGGUGCUGAGGAUUUCAAAAGAGAGCAGGAAAAGUGGCUUGACAAAUUAAAUAAGAAGCACGCAAUAGUCGUGCAAGUCACUUACCCAAGAACGGCAAACAAUGACAAAGAGCUCUCUGUUGUCAGAGGGGAAUAUUUAGAGAUUUUAGAUGAUAGCAGGAAAUGGUGGAAAGCUCGCAACUACCAUGGUCAAGUCGCUCACGUUCCGCACACCAUCGUCUCCAAAGUCAAUUACCAAACGGGUAUUUUCAACAAUCCCAUCUACUCCCAGAAUCGACCAGAAUCCGCCUCUGAUAGAUUCAUUGAAGGACAAGGAGACCAUCCUCACGUGGUCGCCGCUGCUCCUGCAGAUAUCGUCCGGAUGGAGCGUAUAGUAGAUUCAGUCCCUGCGCCACCGCCACCACCGCCGCCUCAGACGCCCAUUACUCCAACACCUACCCUUAAACGUAUUCCCAAACCCGUUGACAAGAAACCUGGCGAGCAAACUAUGCAAGAGGAACUGAGCAUGAUCUUGCCGCUGCUUAGGGAGCGCAAGCGGAAGGAUAUCGAUAUAAAACAGACGCCGGAAGUUUAUAUAACACAAAAAUCCAAUCCCGAUGAGGUGCAGAUGUGGCUACAGGCUAAGGGAUUUUCUGAUAAAAUCCAAAAGGUUUUCAAGGGCACCGCUGGCCACGAAAUCCUUGGCAUGAAUAGAGACCACCUUGAAAAGAUCUCCGAGGAGGGGAAACGUCUUGUAUCCCAACUUAAUAUCCAGAAAUCCGUUUGUCAAUAUAAAACUUUUAGAAGCAGCGAGCUGCAGGCAAUCCUUGCGAAGGCCAGGGAGAAGGCGGAGCAGUGAUCAAGCGCCUUAUAUAUCAUCGUAAAUAUGGUGUUCCCUAUGGUGGCUCAUAUUCAGCAAUAAUAUUGAUACACGUACAAUUUCCAAGCCGAUGGUUGUAUUAUAUAAUUUAAAUUUAGUAUCGUAGUACUAAAUAAAUGAGGGCGCAAAAGAUUUGUAGAAUUAAUUGAAACUUACAUGAAUUUACUUCAAAAUACAAUAUAGAUACAAUACACAAAGAUGAAAUAAUAACAGAGAAGCGAAUGUAUAUAGUUUUUACUUAGUAUUAGAAAACUUCUUCAUCGAUUACUGAAAUCAGUUGAGAUUAACGACCCAACUUAAAUCUAACAUCAUUUAAUCAUCAUAAUAUAUAGUCGAGAGGACUGCAAUGUAUUGCAAAACCGGAGGUAUUCAUAACAUAGAUAUAAGUAUAUGAAUCAUGUCUUUUAAGUUAGGUUAUCUGUAUUUAUAAUGAUCAUUCGCUACGUGAUCACUGAUGAAAAUGCGCAAAAGUUUAAUUGAAAAAUGAUAUUAUAUGUAAUCAAUCAUAUUACUAUAUAGUUGAAACUUGACAAAUAUUAGAUUUUUGCAAGAGGUAAAAUAACUUUGGAUAAAAAUAUUAAACGUAAUAAACCAUAGUUUUCAUUCAAUUAAAUGUUUGAAAGGA